GCGAGCAAGCAGGGGGAAUCUUUUUCCCUCCCCCCGCCGAGCCGGCUGCGCCUGCGCCGUGAGAACACACGGUGUGUUGCGUCGCCUCCUCUCUGCGUUGGAACAGUGGCUGGUCUCCAAUUUCCAUCUCCUCUGACCUCUGCUUGCUCGGUGGUUGUUGGCUGCGGCCUGCGGGAAAGGUUCUCGGGAAAAGGUUUCCUCUUCGGGGGCAUCACGUAGGCCUCGCCGCUUCCCUUCCCUUCCCUUCCCUUCCACUACUGGCUGGCACCUCUGCGAGCUCCUGCUCCUGCUGCUACCACCCACUCCGCUCGUUCUCCUCCCUUGGCGCUACGCUUCUGCAUUUACUCUGCCGGGCUCUGGCGAGGCCCUCCCGGUUUUGGCCUCUCUGCUCAGUCCCUCCCACGUUUCUUGGCUGCCUGCAGCAGGCCUCUGUAAAAAGCUUCUUCCCGUUUCUUCUGGUGAAGCUUCUUGCCCUCUUCGAGUUCCUCAUCAUCCCCCGUCCUUGUAUUUCCAAUUGCAAACCUUUUGUCUAGAAGUUCUUUUGGUUUUGAAAAUAUUAAAAAUCUUGUUUCGACCAAGGGUUGAAAGUUGAAACUGCAAGUUUUGCCGUUUGGUCCUCUGCAUCUGCACUUUGUAGCUUUCAGAAACUCCCGAGAGUUCCCAUACUGUAGUCGAGCGGUCGAGCCUCUACUCCUGCAGAGACCUUUUUGUGCAGCUAGACGCACGCCAUGGGCCGCGCGUUGAGGUGGCUCAAGAAGGUGCUCACCGGCACCAAGAAGGAAGGGGAGAGGGGCCGCAAGGAGCACAAUGCCGCGUGCGCCAGCGGCGGCCUCGGCCUCGGGCCGCCGCCGGUGGAGAAGAGGCGGUGGAGCUUCGCCAAGCCGAGGCACAGCGUGGCUGACGGCGGCCGGAGGCCCUCGGUGACCGCCGUCGCCGCCGGGGAGCUGUCGCAGGUGCGCCCGUGCAACUGCGGCCUGGAGCGUGAGGCGGAGGCCGCCGUCGUGAUCCAGAAGGCCUUCAGAGGGUACUUGGCGAGGAAGGCGCUGCGUGCUCUCAAGUCGCUGGUGAAGCUGCAGGCUCUGGUGCGUGGCUACCUCGUGAGGAAGCAGGCGGCCACGACGCUGCGCAGGCUGCAGGCGCUCAUGAGGCUCCAGGCCAAGACGGCGUCGUCGCGGAAAUCCGUUGAACAAGAGCGGAUUGUUGCGCCCACGAAGCCGCUGGCGCUGCCGAUGGUGCACCGCCGCCGGCUGUCCGACGGCGGGGACACUGGGUUCGACCGCAGCCCGAGGAUCGUGGAGAUGGACACGUGCCAGCUCCGGUGCCGGUCGUCCCGCAUCACGAGCCGGUACGCCGCCGACCCGCCGGGCGCCUCUCCGCUGCUCUACUUCCUCAAACCCGCGUCGCGCCUCCAGGGGCAGGAGCUGGACCCGCCGCACCCGAAGACGACCCACAACACGCCCCGUCUCGGCGCGUUCCCGGGCUACCUCGGCUCGCCGGCGGCGAAGCCCGGCCGCGGCGCCACGUGCCGGGACGCCGGGAGCAGCCCGCGGUACAUGGCGGGCACGGCCUCGUCCGUGGCGCGCACCCGGUGCCAGAGCGCGCCGAGGCAGCGGCAGGGCGAGCACGCGGCGGCGCAAGCGCAGGCGGCCGAGCCGAGGCCCAGCGUCGGGUCCAGGAAGCAGGCGCGGCCGCAGCCGCAGGCGCUGGACAGCUUCAGCUUCAAGAGCUCGGAGGCCAGCCGCGUGGAGGACUCGGAGCUCAGCGACGAGGUCACCAGAGACUACUACCUGGACCGGCUCUGGUGAUUCCGCUUCCGCCAUGGCACCACGAGCUGGUUCGGGAGAAGAAAAGCUUUAACAUUUUGGUACAUACUAGCGUUAGGAUUAUUAGGAUCAAGAUGGCUUAGGCCACGGCAAGAUCUGACUACUAAUCUAGAAGGAUCAUUAUGUAGCUCAACCGAGCAUCAUCAUCAGAUCGAGGGAAAUAAAUUCUGUUCUGCCUAUGACCAUCCGAAUUCUGAAAUGUGGAGAAGAAAACAGUGACGAAAAUGCCACAGCUCGUGAUUGCCG